AGAAACUAGUCCAGUUGUUCACCUGAUUGCAGCAUCACAGGAGCAGCAGUAGCAUCAUGGACAGGAUCACGUGGACCAUGUGCUUGUUGGCCUGUCUGGUCCUCCUGAGCGGCUCCAGAGGAGCUGCAGUCGGUGAAGUUAAGAUUGAAAAGACGGGAAAUGUGCUCAGGUGCAGCUCAGUGGGGAUCUACCCUAAACCUGAGCUCACCUGGACCACCAACCCUCCGUCCAGCGAGACCCUGCAGAAAACACCCACAGUCCAGCAGAAUGAAGAGCAGCUUUACAGCAUCAGCAGCUCUCUGGUACUUCCAGACAACUACACCCACCUGCUGUACUCCUGCACCGUCACCUCUGGCACCAACAACAACACGGAAACCUGGAGUCAGCCAAAAAACAAACCUGAUAUUGGAGGAAUUGUUGGAGGAAUUGUUGGAGGAAUUGUUGGAGGAAUUGUUGUAGUACUUGCAACUUUGGUUUUUAUCUUCAUACUCUGCUACAGGGAGCGUAUCUGCAGAAAGGACUCCUACCACCCCAGACUGUUUGCCCUCCUGCCCUCUGGGAGGCGCUACAGGAGUCUCUGCACACGAACCACCAGGUUCAGGAACAGCUUCUUCCCCACAGCUGUCUCCCUGCUGAACUCAGGCCCCCCCCAGGCCUCUCCAGGCCCCUCCAGCCCCCCCAAGGCCCUCCUAUGCCCCUCCAGGCCUCCCCAGGCCUCCCCAGGCCCCUCCGGGCACCUCCAGGCCUCCCCAGGCCCCCCCAGGCCCCCCCAGGCCCCCCCAGGCCUCCCCAGGCCUCCCCAGGCCCCCCAACCCCCUCUACCCCCCCAAAAGUGA